AUGCUUCUCGGAGGCAUUUCUCUCGGCCUGGCUGCCGUGCCGCUGACCCUGGCUCUCUCGACUUCCGCCGGCCCUGUCAACGGCGACGGCACAUCCAACGUCACGCAUGGCAACUUCACCUACAACGCCAGGCAGUUUCUCCUCAACGGCGAACCCUUCCAAAUCAUCGGGGGCCAGAUGGACCCGCAACGCAUACCGAAGCAGUACUGGCGUUCUCGGUUGCGGAUGGCCCGGGCCAUGGGCCUCAACACCAUCUUCAGCUACAUAUUCUGGAACAACCUGGAACCUCGGCGCGGACGGUGGGAUUUCGAUGAUCGCAACGACCUCGUUACCUUCUUCCAAACCGUCCAAGAAGAGGGACUCUUCGCCGUGCUACGACCAGGCCCUUAUAUCUGCGGCGAACAUGAAUGGGGGGGGUUCCCGGCCUGGUUGAGCGAGAUUCCCGGCAUGGCCGUUCGCGAGAAUAACGGCCCCUUUCUGGCGGCAACCAAAAGCUACCUGGAUCGGCUCGGCUCCGAGCUGCGGUCGCAGCAAAUCACCAGGGGCGGGCCCAUUCUCAUGACCCAGCUGGAGAAUGAAUACGGAAGCUUCGGCAAGGACAAGCUCUAUCUCGAAGCUCACGCCCAGCUCCUGAGGGCCAACUUCGAGACGCCCCUCUACACCACCGAUGGCGGCGGGAAGAGCUAUCUCGAAGGCGGUCAGCUGCACGGCGUGCUCGCCGUGGCCGACGGCGACCCCAAGACGGCCUUUGCCGCUCGGGACAAGUACGUGACCGACCCGACGAGCCUGGGGCCUCAGCUCAACGGCGAGUACUACGUUCACUGGUUCGACGACUGGCACGUCAACGUCACCCACAACAGCCUCGACGGAAACCAGGCCGGCCAAGAGCGCGUCGUCAAGGACCUGGAAUGGGUGCUCCGGGGCAACAACUCCUUCAACAUCUACAUGUUCCACGGCGGCACAAACUUUGCCUUCGACAGCGGCAGCGUCUGGGCCGAGGGCCGCACCCGAGCCGUGACGACGAGCUACGACUACGGCGCUCCCCUGGACGAGACCGGCAGGCCCACGAAGCUGUACCACAAGCUGCGCGACCUCAUCUCCAGGCACGUCCCAGCCGGAAGCAUCCCCGACGUCCCAUCCAUGCCCGGGCUGGCUCGAGUCGAUGAAUUCUCCCUGCGUCCCCUCCUCUCGCUUUUCGACGCGCGCUCGUCCACGCCCGACAAGGAGUCGGCCGAGCCCGUGACGAUGGAGUCUCUGGGCCAGUCUUACGGGUAUCUGCUCUACGAACAUGUCGUCGAGGUAGAUGCAAGCGGCGUGUUAUCCCCCGGCGACGAGGCGCGUGAUCGUGUCAUCGUCUACGUCAACGAAGUCAAGGUCGGCGUCAUUGACAGGACAUAUUUGACGCUCGCCUCGGUCAAGGUCGGGGUGAAAAGGGGUGACAUCCUGCGGCUGCUUGUGGAGAACGUUGGCCGCGUCGACUACUCGCAGAAACUCCGAGACCAGCGAAAGGGAAUCGUCGGCAACGUCACCAUCGGCCGAGACGUCCUCCGUGGAUGGUCCAUGUACUCGCUACCAAUGUCGGAGCUUCCAUCGCUCGUCGUCGGUGGCGAGCAGUUCGAGGUCAACGAUGGUCCCGUCUUUUACACGGGUUCCUUUGAGCUCCCCGAUGGCGCCGCCGUCGAUGAAACCCGAGACACUCUCCUCUCCUUUCCCGCUGGCGUCAAGGGACAGGUCUGGGUGAACGGGAUCAACAUGGGUCGGUACUGGACGAUCGGUCCCCAGCAGAGUCUCUACGUACCAGGCUGCUACCUCAAGCCGUCGGGCAGCAGCAACGAUGUCGUCGUUUUAGAGCUCGAGCCGAAGCCGGGCGUACAGCUCACGGGCCGGAGCGUUGCCGUCAGGAAGUGGUUUAACAAUCCGGAUCCUGAUGCCCCGUGA